AGCUGCAAGCUAUAUAGAAAUCAUUGCGACUUGCUCGUCAACGAAGAAAGCAUUGAGAAAUUUAUUUUUAGGCAGUAUUAAUUAAAACCGUUCUGUGAUAAAGAGACAUUAUUUCUUUCAGUCAACAUUACAUAUCUUCGUAUUAUUGUUUAUGUUUAUUAAGUUUCUUUAAUUUAGAAAAAUGACUAAAUCGGAUCUGGACAGUUCUCUUGACAAUAUUCUUGUGCAACUUGGUGAUUUCGGCAAAUAUCAGAUAUUUGUUUUCAGUCUAGUUUGUGUCGCGGUCAUUUUGCACUCUGCGGUUCACGUGGCUUAUGUUUUCACUGCCAUGGACCUGGACUACAGAUGUGAGAUUCCUGCUUGCGAUUCAGACACUCCUGAAUACGAGCCUUCUUGGUUGAUCAACGCAGUACCUUACAAAGGAAGUACACCACAAAACUGCGAAAUGUAUUUGCACAUAUCAAAUUCAAGUGACGUCGUCAACGAAAAUUGUUCCGCUGAUAACUUUGAUACCAGCCAUAAGUUGAGAUGUUCGUCUUUUGUUUAUAAAAGUACAGAGAAAAGCAUACUCCAAGAGUACGACUUACACUGUGACGACAACUUAUGGAAAAUAACAAUGGUCGGAACUGUCAACAGCAUCGGCCAAUUCUUCGGAUUGUUUGUAUCUGGCAUUGUUUCAGACAAGUAUGGUCGAAAGCUUGUAUUAAUUUGGGGAAUGGUUGUCUGUUCCAUUUGUGGAAUAAUACGUACCUUCAUGCCAACCUAUGAAUUGUUUCUCGUCUUUGAAUUCCUCGAUGCUGCAUUUGGUUCUGGAACAUAUAUUUGUGGAUUUGUUUUAGGAGUGGAAUUAGUAGGACCAAAGACAAGAGUUUUAACUGGUAUAUUAGCCAGUUCGUGCUAUGCCGUUGGAGAAGUUUUCACAGCUGGGGCCGCUUGGAUUAUUAAAUCUUGGAGGCCUCUCAUCUAUGUACUGUAUUCUCCAGGUUUCUUCCUCUUAGUCUACCUCUGGAUAUUGCCCGAGUCUAUACGAUGGAACUUAAGCAAAGGCAGAAUAGAAGAAGCCAAGAAAACACUGAGGACGACAGCAAAAUUUAACGGGAUAGAACUAUCAGAAAACGCUCUAGAGAAACUGUCCAGUGUCGAUAUCGACACACACCUAAAAGAAGUGAACACCUUGAAGGAUGCUUGUAAAUCUACCAAGCUGAUAUUGAGGCUGAUCAACUGUUGUUUUUGUUGGAUUACUUGCACUUUCUUAUUUUACGGACUGACGCUAAACUCAGUAGCGCUGGCUGCUGGAAACAGUUAUCUUGAUUUCAUUUUGACUGCCCUGGUGGAGAUACCCGCAUACGUCUCUUGUCACUACAUGCUUGAGUAUUUCGGAAGGAAGAAAUCCUUGACCGCCUCCUAUUUGAUCACUGGAAUGGCCUGCGUUGCGUUUAUUUUUGUUCCAUCAGACUCUCAUGUCGGCAGCCUCUCAGUUUAUUUGCUGGGUAAAUUUGGGGCCACAGCCGCCUUUACAAACCUAUACGUUAUCACAAGCGAAAUGUUUCCAACGACCAUGAGACACUCUUUUAUGGGAACCUGUUCCACUUUCGGAAGGUUGGGGUCUAUGAUAGCUCCACAAACACCCCUUUUGGCUCAGCUUUGGACGCCUUUGCCGCUCGUCAGUUUUGCAGUGAUGUCGAUUAUCGCAGGAUUCCUGACGUUACUCUUCCCUGAAACCUUAAAUAUUGAACUACCUGAUACCAUCCAAGAAGCAGAAAAUAUUUCCAGACGCCGCAAAAUUUCUGAAAAGCAGGAAAAAAAAGAAAAGAGCUAAUUUUUUAUUGUUAAUCGAGGUUUUUUAUAUUCUAUUCAAA